GUCGAACUAGAAGAGGGUAAACAGUAAGCAGUUUCUUGUCUUGUGUGUGUGUUUAAAGUUGAAGAUAGAUAGAACAAGAAGACUAGAGAGAGAGAACAAAUAAAAGACAGUGUUCGAUCUUCUGGUCUCAUCCACCAUUUUUAUUUUAAAAAACAUUGAAAAAUCUAUACAUUUCCUUGAGUUUGAAUCUAUCUAUCUAUCUAUCUUCCCAGAAUAUAUAUAGAUUCAGUCUUUGGGGUGAUUCAUUCUGGUAUUGUGGUAGCCAAAGCCGCAGAUCUUGAGGUUGUAAUGGAAGAAGUGAAGGGACAAAGAGGAAAUGGAACCUCAGAUGCUGAUUUUGUGUUGCAAUGGGGGGAGAGAAAAAGAGUUAGAUGCAUGAAAGUCAAGAAAGAUCAAAGCCGCAAGUCAUCUUAUUCUUUGACUAAGCGCAAACUCAUUUCUCGAGCUGUUUCUUCUGAUAGAGGCUCUCCUUCUCGCCAUCUUAACCGUCCAAACAAGAUGGUAGAGUCUCCAGGUAAUGUGAGGAGAUCGUUUGUGGCAUCCCCUGAGAAGGAAGAUAGAUACUACACAACGAGGGGUUCUAUGGGUACAGAUGAGAGUGGGAAAAUUAUAAAGGAAGCUGUGAAGGAAACGAAGACGCAUGUGUGGCCAAAGCUGUUUAUAAAUUUGUCAAAUAAAGAGAAGGAAGAAGAUUUCUUGGCUAUGAAAGGGUGUAAGCUUCCUCAAAGGCCCAAGAAACGAGCCAAAUUGGUUCAGAAGACAUUGCUUCUGGUGAGUCCAGGUACUUGGUUAUCAGAUCUGUGCAAAGAGAGGUAUGAAGUAAGAGAGAAGAAGACUUCAAAAAAGCGGCCAAGAGGACUGAAGGCAAUGGGGAGCAUGGAAAGCGAUUCAGAGUGAAGAACAAAGAGUGACUUGAGAAAACAUUCCAGAUUUUGGUGAGGGCUAGAAGGGAGGAGACAACGCACAAGAAUCUGUUUUGUUUCUUUCAAACAAACAAUGAGGCACUUUGUAUUUCUGCUGAUGUUUUGCUUUUGAAGCUAAUCUAUUAGUCUUUCCUUA